UGGCGUUUCAGCAACAUGGUAGAAAUGUGAUGUUACUAGCAGCGACCUAGCUUCAUGUCAAAGGGUUGUAGAAAUGGUAUAAACGAAGCCCUUUGCUCUAAAACCGUAGAAAAUAAACUGAAAUACAAGGAUUAAGUUAUUUCACACGUGCAGCUUUCUUUUUGGGUCAACCGAUGUCUAAAUCUAAAAUCGGCGACUGAAAUGUCCACACCCGCGCUAUCAUCACUUCAUCAAGCUCUGAGGAAAAGCUUCAAGAGUUUGGAAAGCAAUCAGAAAGUAUGGAAGAGUGUGUUGACCGAGUGCAGCCCUUUGAUGGUGUCUCUCGGGAAUUUGACGGAGCAGUCCAGAGCACUGUCCAACGUCCAAAUCUCCAACACACCGCUCAGAGACUUUCCUGACCUGGAGGAUCGGCUACGUUACAAGCUCUUACUAGCCAUGGAUACCGUGCUGGGCAAACUCAACGAGAAGAUGUCUUCUCUCCAGUCUGUCCGAGACGCCGUCAGUAACCAGGUCUCUGCAGUCCUCCAGUUGUACGAGCAGAAUACAGACAGUCUGGAUGUACUCACUGUAACCGAGCGCUCGGCAACCACCCCAUCCAUCGCUGACAUGCUCGAGUGGCUACAGGAUGCCGAGCGUCACUAUCGGCAACAAUUUCUGAGGAGGAAAACUCUGCUUCAGAUGCUGAGAUCAGACAAUCUCUCCCUGUUAGAAUCUGCUCCCAAGAGAUGGAAAGCCUUGGAGUCUCCUAAUGCAGAAGACUGCAUCACAGAUACACUUUGCAAAGUGUCCUUCUUCGUGGAGUCCCAGUGAAGAGAGUUUAAAGUAACAUAAAUGGAACUCAGACCAGUAUUUUCAUGAAGAGGCUGGAAGAGAAGAACCGUCUGAGAAAAACUGAACUAGCACCACUAAAACUAACGUAGCUGACUAAGCAUGCAUGUGUAAAUUGGAUGGAUGUUGUGAUGCUAAGGUGAGGGCUGGAUUUUUAUUUUUUUUCACGUAAAAUGUUUCUACAUCUGCUCUUGGAUGGGAUCCACCAGACUACUACUAUGCACAGGUAGUAAUAUGACGUGAAAAGGAUAAUGACCACAUUUCAUACUUGAAUGUUGAUAAAGUGAAAAUAUUUGUACCAUUCUGUUGUCUGUGAUGGCAAAAAAAAUGGCUGAAAGCAAAUACAUUUUUCAGGAAAAACCAGCACACACAAGGAGGAAGACAGGUCCAACAUACAGUAGUUAGUUAAGCACACUUUACCAAACUUAUUUUAUUUCACAAUUUUGAUGUAUGCAAACUCAGUUAAGGCUUUAUCUGUCAAACCAAGAGGUAAAGACAUUGUCAAAGAGAUAACUGAUUAAGAAAUCACUGCAGUCUUCACAACAAAAGCCAUCAUAAAAGCCGCCUUAACAUUCAUACUUUUUUGUGAAUGCUGUUGAUCUGACAAUAUAGGCAAUGGGCUUUCUUCAGGCACUACUGUAAGUCACAGUGCAGCAAAAUUUCAAACAUAUGAAUGUUUUAAAGUACUGAAGACAAGUUACAAAGAGAUAUACAAACUAAGCAAAAUAUAGUUUGAAUAUAUAUAUAAU